ACCCUUUUCUCCGAACUAUCUAGAACCCAUCUUUCUCUUUGUAUGUCUCUCUCUCCACGCCAUUAAAGCCCCCACACACCCGCUUUGAGAUUCACUCUAAACACACACACACAUACAGUCUCUCUCUCUCUCUCUCUCUGUGUCUCUGUCUCUGUAAGCUUAGAAUCCUUUUUUGUCUCUUAUCUCUAUCGCUUUUUUGAGAUGGAUGAGGACUUCGAAAUGCCGACUGGGGCUGACGAGAUGAUGAACAUGAACGAAGUCGACGAUUUGGAUCUCCCAGAAGACACUCCUCCCAUUCUCAAAGUCGGUGAAGAGAAGGAGAUCGGUAAACAAGGGUUGAAGAAGAAGCUUUUGAAAGAAGGUCAAAACUGGGACACACCUGAAAAUGGCGACGAGGUCGAAGUUCAUUAUACGGGGACUUUGCUUGAUGGAACUCAGUUCGAUUCGAGUCGUGAUAGAGGGACGCCUUUCAAGUUCACUCUCGGACAAGGACAAGUAAUCAAAGGAUGGGAUCUGGGUAUCAAAACUAUGAAGAAAGGUGAAAAUGCCUUAUUUACCAUUCCUCCUGAGCUAGCUUAUGGUGAGUCUGGUUCUCCUCCAACCAUUCCUCCAAAUGCCACUUUGCAAUUCGAUGUUGAGUUGCUGUCUUGGACUAGUGUCAAGGACAUAUGUAAGGAUGGUGGAAUAUUUAAGAAGAUUCUCACUGAAGGAGAGAAAUGGGAGAAUCCAAAGGACCUUGAUGAAGUGUUAGUUAAGUAUGAAGUUCGCCUUGAGGAUGGAACCCUCAUUGCAAAAUCUGAGGGAGUUGAAUUCACCGUUAAAGAGGGUUGUUUCUGCCCUGCACUGUCCAAGGCUGUUAAAACAAUGAAGAAGGGGGAAAAGGUGCUUUUGACAGUGAAGCCGCAAUAUGGAUUUGGGGAAAAGGGUCGCCCAGCUUCUGGUGAUCAAGGUGCAGUCCCACCAAAUGCAACACUGCAGAUAACUCUUGAAUUGGUAUCAUGGAAGACUGUAUCAGAAAUCACUGAUGACAAGAAGAUUAUAAAGAAGAUCCUGAAGGAAGGAGAGGGCUAUGAGCGUCCAAAUGAUGGAUCUGUUGUCAAAUUGAAAUUGAUUGGUAAACUGCAAGAUGGUACUGUAUUUUUAAAGAAAGGCCAUGGAGAUGGAGAUGAGCUGUUUGAAUUCAAGACAGAUGAUGAGCAAGUUAUUGAUGGGCUUGAUAAAGCUGUGAUGACAAUGAAGAAGGGUGAGGUAGCCUUGUUGACUAUAGCCCCGGAGUAUGCUUUUGGGUCCUCUGAAUCCCAGCAGGAGUUGGCUGUGGUUCCUCCCAACUCCACUGUGUCCUAUGAGGUUGAGAUGGUAUCUUUUGACAAGGAGAAGGAAUCAUGGGAUAUGAACACUCCAGAAAAAAUUGAAGCUGCCGGUAAAAAGAAGGAAGAAGGAAAUUUAUUGUUCAAGGCUGGUAAAUAUGCAAAGGCUUCCAAGAAAUAUGAGAAGGCUGUGAAGUACAUUGAUUAUGACUCGGCCUUUGAAGAGGAGGACAAAAAGCAGUCUAAAGCAUUGAAGGUUGCAUGCAAUCUGAACAAUGCAGCUUGCAAGUUGAAGUUAAGAGAUUACAAGGAGGCUGAAAAAUUGUGCACCAAGGUGUUAGAGCUUGAGAGUAGAAAUGUUAAGGCUCUUUACAGAAGGGCUCAGGCAUAUAUUCAACUGGCAGACUUGGAUUUAGCCGAAUUUGAUAUCAAGAAAGCUCUUGAGAUUGACCCUGACAACAGGGAUGUAAAGCUUGAGUACAAAACCUUGAAGGAGAAGGUCAAGGAAUACAAUAAGAAAGAGGCCAAGUUUUAUGGCAACAUGUUUGCCAAGCUAAAUAAGUUGGAGCCUCAUGAAUCAGAUAAAGCUGCAGCUAAGGAAGCUGAGCCAAUGAGUGUAGACAGCAAGGCAUAAAUGGAGUGCAACACGAACUUUGACUUCUUUCUUAUAAGAGUGAAUCCCUCAUUUUAUUGGUUUACUGCUCUUUGUUUCCCUUUCAUAAAUAGGACUUGCUCUUGGCAUAGAGAGGUUGAAAUGAAUUUUCUGUACUGAGGAUUAUUGACAUAAAUUUUUAAUUGUGAACUCUUAUUAAUAGAAGAAACUUGUGAUGAACUAA